GGUCAGCCUGUGGCAGUUUGAAUUUGGUGGCGGCGGUCGCACGUCCCGCUGGGAUCUGCGGGGCUUCAGCUCGAGCCCCGUUUCUGGACCAGCAGCCUCCAGACACGCGCCAUGGCUCCCGCUAGGAAGGGCAGCCGAGGGGUAGCCAAGACCAACUCCCUCCGCAGCCGCAAGCUCGCCUCCUUCCUUAAGGACUUCGACCGGGAAGUGGAAAUACGAAGCAAACAAAUUCAGUCAGACGGGGAGAAGCUCCUCAAGGAGAUAGAUAACCUGUACGAAAUGGAGAUUAUGCGGCACCCCAAGGCGCUGCGCGAGAUGAACUGGCUGGAGUACUUCGCCCUUGGAGGAAACAAAGGAGCCCUGGAAAAAGCAGCAGCGGCUGACCUGGAUAUCACAGAAAUAAACAAACUAACAACAGAAGCUAUUCAGAUGCCCCUGAAAUCUGCCCAGUCACGAAAGGUAAUGCAUGUGGAUGAAAUGAUAGUGGAAGAGGAAGAAGAAGAAAAAGAAGAGAAUAAAACUAAGAAUUGUCAAACUGCUCAGGUCAAACGUUGUCCUCCAUCUAAGAAGAGAGCCCAGUCCAUUCAAGGAAAGGGCAGAACCAAAAGGUCAAGCCAUUGCAACACUGUUACCCCAGCAGUGAGCCGACUAGAGUUCUCUAUGGUGAAACCAACUCCAGGCCUGACACCCAGGUUUGACUCAAGGGUCUUCAAGACCCCAGGCCUGCGUACUCCAGCAGCUAGAGAGCGGAUUUACAAUGUCUCGAUGAAUGGCAGCCCUCUUGCAGACAGCAAAGAGAUUUUCCUCACGGUGCCAGUGGGAGGCGGAGAGAAUAUACGGUUACUGGCCAGUGACUUGCAGAGGGUGGACAUUACACAGCUGAAUCCAGAAGCCUUGGCAAACGUCAGGAAGCUCUCCAGCCGCCUGGCCCAAAUCUGCAGCAGCAUACGGACUCACAGAUGAGGCUGCUCUUCCAAGAAGCCCAAUUGACAGGAUGGACCUCCAGUGGCACUUCUGGGACCCUGAAGAGGGCUCUUCCCUGCUGCCUUAUUUUUUAUUUUUUAUUUGAGUGUGAAGUCCCAGAGCAGGGACUGAUAUUCCUCUUGUUCCUGCUCAAGCUGUGUUUUUUAAAAUGGUCUUAUUCUCCUUUUCUUGAGACUUUUGUACAGUGUUUGAGCAAUUUUAUCUGUAAGCUGAUUGACUGUAAUCAGAGCUACUAAGAGUUAAUCUGUUUUCAAUAAAGGGGAAGUUUUUUCUAAUCCAUACCCAGCCUG